GUCACCUGCAGUGUACGGCUCCGGCCCGUCUUCGCUGUGUGUUGUGCUCGGUUGCCAUGGCAGCCGCCUAUACACUGCUUGUAGCUACAGCUCCAUACAAGACAGCGGAGGAGAGCGGGCACCGGGCACAGCACACUGUGUAUGUGAACUAGAAUGGCCACCAUGUCAGAACUUAUUGAAUGCCCGCCUUGUAAGAAGUUCAGUGUCCGCUUCUCAAAUGCAGUCACAUCUGUCUUCUUAGACGCGGAUGAGCAGCAAUGGGAGAAUAUUCAAAUGAACCAAGAAUCUGAUGUAUCCAAACCUGUGAAAUAUCGUGUCCUAUUCAUGGAUUCUGCAAAACGGCAACACAAGGAGAUCCCUGCUUACAUUAUGGAUCUUAAAGACCUUGAAGAACUGCACUUGGAGACAAACCAUAUUGAAGUCAUCCCAAAGGAGAUCAGCCAUUUUCACAAUAUUAAAGUUCUCUAUCUAAAUAACAACAAUAUUAUUCACGUUUGUGAGGAACUUGGAAAGUUAAAGAAUCUCCAGAGUUUAGACCUUAGCAGCAACCCACUCAAUAACAACUCACUGGAUGUCAUAAGCAAUAUCUCUCAACUUCGAGAGCUGAGACUUUACAACAUUAACCUUGAAGAAUUCCCAGUUCAGUUAUGCAAACACCUCCAUCAUUUACAACUGCUUGGCCUGUCCAACAAUAGACUAGAAACUCUCCCACCAGAGGUUACUAAUCUUAUCCAUCUCAAAGAAAUAUAUUUGCAGACUAAUGCCUUCAAGGUAUUUCCUGUGCAGAUAUGUGCUCUGAGCUCUCUGGAGGUUGUUGAUCUUGAAAAAAAUAAGUUGACGUCUCUCCCUGUUGAAAUUGGAUCAUUAUGUAAUCUUAUUAAACUGUUCAUUAGUUCCAAUAAGCUUUCCUUCAUCCCAAAGACACUUUGUCAGUGCAAGAAGUUGGCGGUUCUUGACCUCUCAGGAAAUCGCCUCCACAAACUUCCUCAUGCUAUCUGCAAACUGAAAGAGUUGAACGAACUUGGACUGUCACAUAAUCAGAUGAAAAAGCUGUCAUCCAGGAUAUGCCAAUUGCAUUCCCUUUGUGUGCUCUAUCUGAAAAACACUGGCUUGUCCACAUUACCUGCUGCAUUUGCAAAAUUAGAGUCUCUAAAGAUACUAGAUCUCAGCCAAAACUGUUUUACCGAUUUCCCCCUUGAAAUUUGUGGCCUUAAGCAGCUUCAAGUCUUAUCGAUGGAUGACAAUUUAAUAAGCACGAUAACACCAGAAGUGCAAUCCUUGGAAAACUUGUCAUACUUAGGGAUCACUGGGAACAGAUUUACUGCUUUCCCUGAAGAAGUCCUUCAGCUCGAGUCUUUGGAAAAGCUUUAUAUUGGACAAGACCAUGGUGUUCAGCUUUCAAGUUUACCAGACAACAUUUUCAUGCUGAAGAAUUUGAAAGAAUUGUACAUUGAAAAUAAUAAUCUGGAAUUUCUUCCAUCAACAUUGAACUUAUUACACAACCUUGAAGUUUUGGAUUGUCAUAAUAACAAUCUGAAGAAGCUACCAGACAACAUAUGUCAACUUCAUGCCUUGCAAAAAUUGCUUCUUCAAAAAAACCAGCUGACCAGUCUUCCAGAUAACCUGGACAUUUUACACAAGCUGGAUCUGCUCUUACUAGAUGGAAAUCCAUUGGUGGAUCCCCCUGUAGAAGUGUGCAGCCUCGGGAAAAGUGCUGUAUGGGAAUACUUAAAAGAGAAAAGGCAAAAAAACGCAUUUGCUACAAAGAUCCAGGCUUUAUGGCGUGGAAUCAUGGUGCGGAAAGGUCUCGGACCCUUUGCUUACCUUCGUCAGACUGGGACAAAAGGAAAGAAGUCAAAAAAGGACAAAAAAGGGAAGAGUAAAGGAAAGAAGAGCGAUUCAAAAGGAAAGAAAAAGUAGAAGUGUAUCGUAAUACAAAGAAAAUAAAUGAUAAUAUGCAGUACUUGAAGUAAUUAAGUAAAUGUAUAUUUUAAUUAUAGUAAUAUACACCUAUGAUUUUUUUUUCAAAUUGUUAAGUCCACAACUGUUAAAAGGGUUUUCCAAAGAAAAAUUGAUUAAA